UUCCUGCUAAGCCGGUAGUUGAGCUCAGAGACCAACACGUGGGUGAGCGGUGUGCCUGCACGAUCACAGUCCCAACCGGUUGCCGACCAUCAUGAGCUCUUUAAUGGACGAAAGUGUCGAGGACAUGCCGCAGCCUGCAAUGGAUAGUUUUCUAUUCGGCUGUGAAUUAUCUUCCAAAUCCCGCCAGUACACGUUUCAGGUAGACGAAGACGAUGAUUGUGAACACACCUUCUGUUUGCACACCAUCACUCUCGGAGGGGAGGCCAAAGAUGAGAAUAACGUUGUGGAAGUGGUUGGCCGGAAUCACGAGGAUAAAGAGGUUGCCGUACAGGUCGCUAAUCUGAAGCUGUCUUGCCAGACAAUGGUGAACGUUGAUAACUUUGAACUCCAGCCUCCAGUGACGUUUCGUCUGAAGUCAGGCUCCGGACCAGUACUUCUUUCCGGCCGCCAUGUGAUUGUGACCAGCGAAGACCAGAUAGAUUCUGAAGAGGAGGAUGACGAAGAUGAUGAUGAAGAUGACGACGAUGAUGAUGAUGAAGAGAUGGAGGAUGAGGAUGAUGAUGAUGAAGAAAUCACCCCUAUUAAGCCAGCCAACAAAAAAAUGAGAAAAUGAUUCAGUGCCCUGGGAGUCUGACCUCAGGAGCCCACACAUGACUUCAUCAUUGCGGACCGGUGGAAGGAACAAGCUGUGUUAUUUUGCAGCCAUGUUCCCGGGAUCGCAAUGGGCGAUAUGGACCAAUGUGUACACAGCGCUGUGCGGGACUGAUUUAUACACGGUUUGCUGCUGCUCCCUUUUACGCGUAACUCUGACAAUGAGAAGACAGUGCCUGAUUAUUAACAAAUGUAUUUUUACACGUUU